CUCUUCCCCGCCCCGAGCCGAAGAGCCGGGGAGGCGGGAGGCGGCGGCCGCGGCGGCUGCUGCUGCUGCUGGGAGGCAGGUGACGGCGAGCGGCGGCGUCCCAGGCGAUUUAACCGAGAGACUAAGUUCUCUAUAGAAACACCCACAUUUGUAUGGAUGAUUGGGGAAAGAUAGUGGCAGCAGACAAGGGAUAAGCAUCUUGACCUUCCGAGACAAUGAGUAUGCUAAAGCCCAGCGGGCUGAGGGCCCCCACCAAGCUCCUGAAGCCUGGAAGCACAGCCUUGAAGACACCUGCUGCUGCUGCAGCUCCAGUGGAGAAGACAAUACCCAGUGAAAAAUCCUCGGGCCCUCCAUCCUCCGAGACCCAAGAGGAAUUUGUAGAUGACUUUCGAGUUGGAGAACGUGUUUGGGUGAAUGGGAAUAAACCUGGAUUUAUCCAGUUUCUUGGGGAAACUCAGUUUGCACCAGGCCAGUGGGCUGGGAUUGUUUUAGAUGAACCCAUAGGAAAGAAUGAUGGCUCGGUGGCAGGAGUGCGGUAUUUCCAGUGUGAACCUUUAAAGGGCAUAUUUACCCGACCUUCAAAGCUAACAAGGAAGGUGCAAGCAGAAGAUGAAGCCAACGGCCUGCAGACAGCUCCUGGGAGAGCUGCUUCACCUCUGUCCACUGCGGCAGCCACCAUGGUGUCCUCUUCUCCAGCCACUCCCUCAAACAUUCCCCACAAACCGUCCCAGUCAACGGCAAAAGAAACUUCAGCUACACCUCAAAUUAGCAACCUUACGAAAACCGCCAGUGAGUCAAUCUCCAACCUUUCAGAAGCUGGCUCUGUCAAGAAGGGAGAGCGAGAACUCAAGAUCGGAGAUAGGGUGCUGGUUGGUGGCACUAAGGCUGGUGUAGUCCGGUUCCUUGGAGAGACCGACUUUGCCAAGGGGGAAUGGUGUGGUGUGGAAUUAGACGAGCCUUUGGGGAAGAAUGAUGGUGCUGUUGCCGGAACAAGGUAUUUUCAAUGUCAACCCAAGUAUGGAUUGUUCGCUCCUGUCCACAAAGUGACAAAGAUUGGCUUCCCUUCUACUACCCCAGCCAAAGCUAAAGCCGCUGCUGUGAGGCGGGUGAUGGCCACCACGCCCGCCAGUCUGAAGCGAAGCCCUUCCGCCUCCUCCCUCAGCUCCAUGAGCUCUGUGGCCUCCUCUGUGAGCAGCAAGCCCAGCCGAUCAGGACUAUUGACUGAAACCUCUUCCCGCUACGCCCGCAAGAUCUCGGGCACCACUGCCCUCCAGGAGGCGCUGAAGGAGAAGCAGCAGCACAUUGAACAGCUGCUGGCUGAGCGGGACCUGGAGCGGGCCGAGGUGGCCAAGGCUACCAGCCACGUGGGGGAAAUAGAGCAGGAGCUAGCCCUGGCCCGAGAUGGGCAUGACCAGCAUGUCCUGGAACUAGAGGCCAAGAUGGACCAGCUACGAACCAUGGUAGAAGCUGCUGACAGGGAGAAGGUGGAGCUCCUCAACCAGCUGGAGGAGGAGAAAAGGAAGGUUGAGGACCUUCAGUUCCGAGUUGAAGAAGAAUCAAUUACCAAAGGCGAUCUUGAGGUGGCUACAGUAUCAGAAAAAUCCCGAAUAAUGGAACUAGAAAAGGACCUAGCGUUGAGAGUACAGGAAGUAGCUGAGCUCCGACGAAGGCUAGAGUCCAGUAAACCUCCUGGAGACGUGGAUAUGUCUCUUUCUCUUUUGCAAGAAAUAAGCGCUUUGCAAGAAAAGCUAGAAGCCACACAUACUGACCACCAGAGCGAAAUGACUUCUCUGAAGGACCACUUUGGAGCUCGGGAAGAGGUGUUUCAGAAGGAAAUCAAGGCUCUGCACACUGCCACUGAAAAGCUUUCCAAAGAGAACGAGUCCUUGAGAAGCAAGCUUGACCACGCCAACAAAGAAAACUCAGAUGUGAUAGCUCUGUGGAAGUCUAAACUGGAGACCGCCAUCGCAUCCCACCAGCAGGCAAUGGAGGAGCUGAAGGUGUCCUUUAGCAAAGGGAUCGGAACGGACUCGGCCGAGUUUGCUGAGCUAAAGACACAAAUUGAGAGACUGAGACUAGAUUACCAGCACGAAAUAGAAAGUUUACAGAGUAAACAGGACUCUGAACGGUCUGCUCAUGCUAAAGAGAUGGAGACCAUGAAGGCCAAGCUGAUGAAAAUCAUUAAAGAGAAGGAGGACAGCCUGGAGGCCAUCAAAGCCAGACUGGACAGUGCAGAAGACCAACACCUAGUGGAAAUGGAGGACACGCUAAACAAACUGCAGGAGGCAGAGAUAAAGGUAAAGGAGCUAGAGGUUCUGCAGGCCAAGUACAGUGAACAAACCGAGGUCAUUGGUAAUUUUACAUCCCAGCUCAGUGUUGUUGAAGAAAAGCUCUUGGAUCUUGAUGCACUUCGGAAAGCCAAUUCCGAAGGUAAAUUGGAACUGGAGGCACUUAGACAGCAGCUCGAGGAGGCCGAAAAUCAGAUUAAACAUUUAGAGACUGAAAGGAAUGCUGAAAGUAGCAAGGCUAAUAGCAUUACCAAAGAACUCCAGGGGAAAGAGCUAAUGCUCGCUAGUCUGCAGGACAGUUUGAAUGAAGUCAAUCAAGUGAAGGAGACAUUGGAGAAGGAGCUUCAGACUUUGAAAGAAAAGUUCGCCAGUGCUUCAGAGGAGGCAGACUCUGUUCAGACAAGUAUGCAAGAUACUGUAAAUAAACUGCACCAGAAGGAGGAACAGUUUAACACAUUGUCUUCUGAACUGGAGAAGCUGAGAGAAAAUUUAACAGACAUGGAGGCAAAGUUUAAAGAGAAGGAUGAACGAGAAGAUCAGCUGGUAAAAGCAAAGGAAAAAUUAGAAAAUGACAUUGCAGAAAUAAUGAAGAUGUCAGGAGAUAACUCUUCUCAGCUGACAAAGAUGAACGAUGAGUUACGUCUGAAGGAGAGAUCUGUGGAAGAGCUGCAGCUCAAACUUACAAAGGCUAAUGAAAAUGCAAGUCUUCUGCAGAAAAGUAUUGGGGAAGUAACGCUUAAAGCUGAGCAGAGUCAACAGGAAGCAGCCAAAAAACAUGAGGAAGAAAAGAGAGAAUUGGAGAAAAAAUUGUUGGAACUGGAAAAGAAGAUGGUAACAAGCCACAGCCAGUGUCAGGACCUGAAAGCCAAGUAUGAAAAAGCCAGUUCUGAGACUAAAACAAAGCAUGAAGAAAUCCUGCAGAACCUUCAGAAGAUGCUGGUGGACACAGAGGAUAAACUUAAGGCUGCUCAGGAAGCGAACAGGGACCUGAUGCAGGACAUGGAGGAGCUGAAAACCCAGGCCGACAAAGCCAAAGCUGCUCAGACCGCAGAAGACGCCAUGCAGAUCAUGGAACAGAUGACCAAAGAGAAAACAGAAACACUGGCCUCCUUGGAGGACACCAAGCAAACAAAUGCAAAACUACAGAGUGAAUUGGACACACUUAAGGAAAACAACUUGAGAACUGUGGAAGAGCUGAGUAAGUCAAAGGAGCUUCUGAAUGCCGAGAACCAGAAAAUGGAAGAAUUCAAGAAAGAAAUAGAAACCCUAAAGCAGGCAGCAGCUCAGAAGUCCCAGCAGCUUUCAGCACUGCAAGAAGAGAACAUCAAACUUGCUGAGGAGCUGGGGAGAACGCGGGACGAAGUCACAAGUCAUCAAAAGCUGGAAGAAGAACGAUCUGUCCUCAAUAAUCAGUUGUUAGAAAUGAAAAAGAGAGAAUCUGAGUACAGAAAAGACGCCGAUGAAGAGAAAGCUUCCUUGCAGAAAUCCAUCAGCCUCACCAGUGCCUUACUCACGGAGAAAGACGCAGAACUGGAGAAGCUGAGGAAUGAGGUCACAGUGCUCAGGGGAGAGAACGCCUCCGCCAAGUCCCUGCACUCCGUCGUGCAGACGCUGGAGUCUGACAAAGUGAAGCUGGAGCUCAAGGUCAAGAACUUGGAGCUCCAACUCAAGGAGAACAAGAGGCAGCUCAGCAGCUCCUCAGGUAAUACCGAUGCUCAGGCAGAAGAGGAUGAGAGAGCCCAGGAGAGUCAGAUUGAUUUCCUCAACUCGGUAAUAGUGGACCUUCAAAGGAAGAACCAAGACCUGAAGAUGAAGGUGGAGAUGAUGUCUGAAGCUGCGCUCAACGGCAGCGGGGACGACCUGAACAGCUACGACAGUGAUGACCAGGAGAAGCAGUCCAAGAAGAAACCCCGCCUCUUCUGUGACAUUUGUGACUGCUUUGAUCUCCAUGAUACAGAGGACUGCCCCACUCAGGCACAGAUGUCGGAAGACCCGCCCCAUUCCACUCACCACGGCAGCCGGAGCGAGGAGCGGCCGUACUGUGAGAUCUGUGAGAUGUUUGGGCACUGGGCAACCAACUGCAAUGACGACGAGACCUUCUGAGGAGGCCGGGGGGCGGGGCAGACCCGGGGGGCGGGGCAGACCCGGGCUUCGCAGAUGCUGCCACCUCAGCAGUUCUCCACCAGCAGUGCGUGUACAACUUCCAAGAACUCCUUAUUUUUUGACCCCCUGUCAACAAAUCUCAGAAAGUAUUUUGAUCUUCAACAAACUUCCCUUUCAUUUCCUCUCAUAAGUUAAAAUAAUAAAUAUUUGGUGGUGGGCUUGCACUUCCAUCCUUGUUUUCCGGAUUUUUGAGGUUUGAGACAUUGUACCAGGUGCAGUUACUUUUUGGUCCUAGAGAAACACUCUGGGACAAGCUGGACCCUGGCAGCAUCUUAUUUAAGAAACUUUAAAUUAUGCUGUUAAUUCUCAUAUUUGCACUAAAAUGUAUCUUGGCUACGUCUGUAUAUUUAGGUUGUUGAUGUUAUUGUUAUGCUUUGACACUGGAAUGAGUUGCAAAAGGAAAAAAAAAUGCGCCACUUUGCAAUUUCAUGUCCUUAUUUAAAUACUUUUACUCCUAAAUAUCCAAGCUCUCUGCACUGCCUGCUCUCAGCAGUGCCUUUUCCAGGCUUGACAAUACUUAGGUGUGAUUAUAAAUCAUGAAACAGGUAAAAGGGAAGGGAAAGCCCCAAACUGCUGUGGGGACAUUUUCUAAUCGUAUAUGCUGCACCCAUGGACCGACAGUGGUGUUUUCUUUAUUAGUUUUACAUAAUUUCAACCUCUAUAUAUGUAUAUAUAUUUUUUAAAAAAUCUAUAUUUUGGGAAAAAAGUAUAUACAAUGUGUCUUCUUUUUGGAUUUUUUUACCUUUAUGAAAAGGAAAACACCUAAAAGCUCAUCAGGAUGUGACCGACUGGGCCAGAGAUGGGCUCUGCGGUGUCACAGCCGUUGUCUGUGUCUCCAUGUUGUUUCUUAGCCAGAUCUGAGUAGCUGGAAGAAUGGUCUCCGGCUCUUUGGUUGUGUUUCCCUUCUUUAGCAGAUAACCCCAGCAGCAAACCAAGCCACUCUUAAGACAGCUAAGCUAACUGAUCUACAACCCUCCUUUAUACAUUUGUGGGUUUUGUUUUUUUACUGUAUUUUUAAUGAAUGUAUGAUGAGAAAUUCAACAUGAAUAAUUUUGAAUUUUCUUAUCACAAAAAAGAUAAAACAAAGGACCUCAACCAACUGAAGAGUUUAUCAGCCAGUCUGAGUCUGUUUGUCUUCACUUGAAUGUCUUUGAGGAUUUGUAAAAAGCAAUCACGUGCACCUCCAUGCAGUGUGCAGGAUAAGAACUUCCGUCAUUGUAUAUAAGCCUUUGCCCUGUCCCCCCUUAAGAUUAUCCACUGUGCUUGACGAGUGAACUGUCAACAAAUCUGUUCCCAGUUGGCAUUUUGGGUUAAUAAAACUAUAGGAAUUAUUUCACAAACAAAAUAUGUAAAGCAGUAUUAAAAUCUGAGUUCUGUAUCUACUUUAAUAAAUGUUUCGGGUUCUUUUUUA